AUGGCAAAGAGAGCCACCACCAAGUGCAAUCUUUCUCUGAAUCUGGGCCUUUUGGUGCUGCUGAAUUUUCUGGGGACCGCGAUGCUAGAAGAUGUACACUCUCUUAGUUGCAACUUGAUCAUCAGGUCUCCUACCAAAGCAGAACCUCUCUGGUAUGAAGGACAGUGUUCAAUGGAUGGAAUUGAUUUCCUUUCUUCUAAUAACGUGAACAAGACCAUGCCUUUGGGUAACCAAGAGAAAAUGGCAAAUGCCACCGAAGUGUGGACAUGUUUGACCCAGUGGAUAGACCGAUGGAAACAGGAGUUAAGGGACAAAGUGUCUGAAAUCAAAGUGCACACUACCAAGACCAGUGGUCACCCCACUUUACGGGUCACCAUGCUUUCUAAGCACAGCCAUGAACAAAUCAUUGGUGCUUCCUGGGAAUUCAACACCAGUGAAAAUUAUUCCUUCAUCUUGGACCUAAAGACUAUGAAGUGGAAACUGAUCAAUCCUGUACCAGGCGACAUCAUGAAAGAAUGGAAAGAUGAUGAGACAUUAAUGAAACAUCUGAAUUUGUCCAUAGCAGAAUGCAGUAAAAAAUUCAAUGAAUUCUUAAAUCAGCACGAGGAAAGAACAACUGCACCCUCAGGGUUCCUUGGGCACAGGGUAAAGAAACAAAAUAACCAGUCCCAGGUGAAGGUCCGCAGCGGUGGCCUGAAGCAGCGGGCAGUACCUGAGGUGGAGAAGGUAUCAAAGGUAAAGAGAAGCCCACGCCUACAACUGAAGUAG